GUAUAUGUUUUAUUUAUUAAAUUGUUUAGUGUGAUUAAUAAUGAUAAUAUAACACGCCCUGAAUAACGUUUUACUUAUAUUUUACAUAACAUGAUACAAUGAGUUUGUUCAGUACAUAGUAUAGACAUGUGACAGAGACUAUAUUUUAUGAACUACAAGUUGCAAUUAAGCCAAUAUCGAUUAUUGAAUAUAUUGACGAUACGAUAUUUUAGGAUUCAUUCAUUCAAUUUGAAAUAUGAUAUGAUACUCAAAUUGUUAAGGAAUUUGUACCUAUAGAUCAUUUUUUUAAAAUCAAUAAAUAAAUGAAUUAAAAAAGUUACACAUAGGUUUAUAAAAUAAACAGUUGUGAGAUUUUUUUUUUUUGAUUUUUGUAAUGCUAAAGUGUUUCGUAAUUAUUAAUCUAAGCGACUUUUCGACUUUUUAUGUGAUAUCUGAGAAGUUUUUGGGGAUGUUGGGAGCCAGAAGGUAACAAUAAGGCAUCUGUAAUAAAAAUAAUCAAAUUGUCUUUGCAAAGAUCAAAGAUAUUUCUAUAUGACACUGCAUAAUUAAUUACCCAACGCUGUUGAAUUUGAUAUAUUUUUUUAUUCUAUAAGCAAGAUCUCUGAUGUAUGUGUAUUCGACAUAAGAAGAAAUACAUAUAACAAGAGUUUGAUAUUCUGUAAAGAAAAAAAUAAUUUAGUUAUUUUUUGAAUAGGUAAUUAAUAAAAGAGUUUAAAGCGCAUAAAGUAGAAAAGGGAAGUAGUGAGUAGGCUGCCUAAUACCGCUGGCACGCGAGAGCGGUGCGUGCAGCGGUCGCGUGGCUCGCCCGCGUUUCAACCACGCGCCCGAGUGAUGCUGCCGGCUCCUCAUCGUCCGCUGCACUGUCGUUCAGUCGCGCGCCGGCACGUCGAUGUGACGCACGUCACGUUCGGGAUAUAUUAACUACAUCGCGACAUGCAGUGACUUUUCUCAGUGAUAGUGCAAACGGAAACUAUGGUGACUGGUACAGCUGGCCCCCAGGGCGCUACUAACACAGUGGUGGUGAACAACAUGACUUCUACCGGGCAACCUGAAACGAAGAAGGCUGGAGAUAAUAGAAGGAGCAACAAGCCAAUUAUGGAAAAACGACGGCGGGCCCGUAUCAACAAUUGCCUGAACGAACUAAAGGCGCUGAUACUCGACGCCAUGAAAAAAGACCCAGCCAGACAUUCAAAGUUAGAAAAAGCAGAUAUAUUAGAGAUGACCGUGAAGCAUUUAGAAGGACUGCGAUCAGAAAAUAAUGGAUCCCCCGACCGGUUCCACGCGGGUUAUCAGCACUGUUUGGCUGAAGUGGCGAAGUUUCAAGGUCUUGACGCUGGUUUGAAGAGACGACUCGUUAGACACCUUGAAGGUUGCGUCUCUACAACCAAUGCGAGACCGACGGGAGCGCCCACUCCACCGUCUGACGCGGAGGAUGCGAAUCUUGCUCAACAUUCUACAAUUUUUAUAUCAGCUGGUCCAGGAUCUGGAGUGCGCUUAGUACCGACUAGACUCUCAAACGGAGAUAUAGCGUUAGUUUUACCAUCUGGUGUUAGCGCCAGCACUUUGGGUACUGUUCCUACCUUAGUCCCUCUAUCUCCGAGAGACGGGUCAUCCUCUUCCUCAUCAGAACCACGAUGUUACUCCCCCGCUAGUUCCGGUUGGGGUAGUCCUCCGCCUUCGGUGGAUGAACCCGUUCCUCUUGCUUUAGUUACCAGAAGACAACCAGCUGAAGAGAAACCGUGGAGACCUUGGUGACACACUUUUCUACAAAGUAGAAUAGAUUUAAAUAUCAAAUGGAUUUAUUAUCGUCUGGUUUGAUGUUAAACUUUGCACUCCAUUCCUUAGAUGGCAGUCUGUGAUAUAAUUUUAUUAUAAUUGCGUGUGUUAAUAAGCUUAUGUGAGAAUUUUCGAAGUUCCUAUGUGUGAAUGUGUAAUAUGUUUUACAACUAAUUUAAUGUAUACGAAAAUGUAAUGGUAAAUAAGGUUUUAUAAAGUUCAUUUUUGCGGUCUUGUUAUAUGUUUGGUCAGUAAUAUUCGUGUGAUAUACAACUACAAUGGUAUUGUUUUUGUUGCAAAUUAUGUAUUGAAACGUAUUUUUAAUUAAAUUAUACCAGUAUCUAUAUUUGAUUUAAUAGUUUUAACACAAUAAUUGGAUACUUCCCGUACUUUCUACUACUAGCUUUCUGUAUAUAUAUGGUAAAUAAAUAAAAAUUGAACUCCGUUAGUUGGAGAGUCACGAGUUUUUGUGUUUUUUUUAAAUAUGUAUAAUAAGAGUAAUCAGUAUGAAGAAAAAUAAAAUAGAGUCCGGCAAAUUAGGAAAUUUUAUUAACGAAGGGCUUCUUGCUAUAAAUUAAUGUAAUGUAAUUUGACACGAAAAUGCUUUGAAGAAAUUAGUGCCAGAAAGAUAAGGUAUAAUGGCUCGGUUACAU